AGACAACCAUAUAGCACAAUACAACACAACACAAUAUGAGCCUGGUUCAUUUUCAGUAAUGAGGCCCUGGACCCCAUUUACAGUUUCUACUUCAAUGUAUCAGGUGGAGUUAUUCACCAGCUAUAGAGAGAGUUGUUGUUUAUGUUUCUAAGACUGCAGGGUGGGAGAUGCAACAAUGGCCUUGAGAACAGCAGGAAGUGUGUUGGUGGUCUUUCUCUGGUCUGUAGCAGUGGUACUGGGUCAGGAUGGCUGGAGUGUUACUUACACCACUCAGAGUAUCUGUACCUUGAAGGGGUCAACAGUAGAGCUGUCCUCCUCUUACACAUAUCCCAGUGGUCAUAAAGUCACAACAACCUUCUGGUUCACUAAAUAUGAUGCUGAGGAGAAUUAUGUUAGUCUGAAGGAUGACCCAGACUACAAAGGACGUGUGACGUACCGUGAGGAUAAAGAGAAUGGUCACAUCCUGACAAUCACAGACCUGAGUCAGAGAGUGACUCAGCUAAACCUACAUGUUCAGAUUUACAGAUCAGAAACUGGGAAGUGGAGAUAUACUGGCAAACCUGGAGUCACUCUGUCUGUUACAGGUCUUCAGGUGAAGGUGACUGGUGGACAUCAGGAUAAGACACUGACCUGUAUCACCACCUGUACUCUGACUGACAACCCCACCUACAUCUGGUACAAGAACGGACAUAAAGUAAAGGAGGACACUUCCAGACUGUACUCAGACUCCUUUAGUGAUGCAGACAGUUACUCCUGUGCUGUAAAAGGCCAUGAGGAUCUCCUCUCUCCUGCAGAGUGUCAGAAGUGUUGGAGUGUGACUUACACCCAUCAGAGUAUCUGUGCCUUGAAGGGGUCAACAGUGGACAUAUCCUGCUCUUACACAUAUCCCAGUAAUCAUGAGAUCAAACAAGCUUUCUGGUUUACUAAAUGGUCUGGUAUGGAGGCUGAAGAUCUGAGCUCAGCACCAGGGUAUGAGGGUCAUAUAGAGUACCUUGGGGAUAAGAAGAGUGACUGUACCCUGAGAAUCACAGACCUGAGAUUGAGUGACUCUGCUCGGUACAGAUUCAGAUUGAUAACAUCCGGAGAUCAGUUUUCUGGCUCACCUGUCUCCCUGACUGUCACAGAUCUUCAGGUAAAGAUGACAACUUCACUGUUUUCAAGAUGGGUGACCCUGAACUGUGGCACGUGUACUCUGACUGACAACCCCACCUACAUCUGGUACAAGAACGGACACAAAGUAAAGGAGGACACCUCCAGCCAGGACUCAGACUACCAUAACACUGAAGACAGCUUCUCCUGUGCUGUAAAAGGCCAUGAGAAUCUCCACUCUCCUGCAGUGUGUGUCCGUGGUCAGAAGUGUUGGAGUGUGACCUACCCCCAUCAGGGAGUCUGUGCCUUGAAGGGGUCAUCAGUGGAUAUAUCCUCCACGUAUGACAGUGGUUAUGAUACGAUCACAUCAACACUCUGGUUUAGUUCUAAACAAAGUUCCAGCUGGAGGGAUGAGUUGAUCCCUGAGGACCUAACCACAGACCCAGGGUAUGCAGGUCGUGUGGAGUAUGUUGGAGAGAAGGAGAGAGGUCACUCCACCCUGAGAAUCACAGAUCUGAGAGAGGAGGACUCUGCUGAGUACAAGUUCAUCUUCAACACACAGACAUCAAGAUGGGGACACAGUUUCCUGGAACAACUCUGA